AUGGUGACACCCCAACAUAGCCAGAAUCUCCAUUCUUCUCCAUUCUGCAUCCUUGAAGCCCUCCAGAUGGCCCUGGUGAUCGUGCUGUCUACAUCUUCUGAUGCCUGUGGCAGUCCACCCACAUUUGAAAAUAUGGAGCUCACUGGCAUUGCUAAACCCAAUUAUGCUGUUGGGGAACGAGUGCAGUAUGCAUGUAAACCAGGAUACAGACGUCAGUUUUCUCUAGCCAACUCCAUUGUUUGCACUGCUAAUGGAUGGCCGCUACUUUCAAAGGCUGUUUGUCUCAGAAAAUCAUGUCCAAGACAAAAUGAUCCUGUAAAUGGGCAAAUAAAUCUCUUAAACGGGAGUACUGAGUUUGGCACACAAAUCGAAUUUGUUUGUAAUGAAGGCUUUUUCUUGAUUGGUAAAAAAAUUCUACUUUGUCUUCUUAAAGGAUCUGGUGUACAUUGGAGUGAUAAUCCCCCACAUUGUGAAAAGAUUUUGUGUGAACCACCUCCAAAUAUAGACAAUGGAAAAUACACCCCAAGUGACAAGGAAGUGUUUGCGUAUCAAGAAGUAGUAACGUAUACCUGUAAUCCCAAAUCUGGUCCAGAUGAGUUUUCACUGGUUGGAAACAGAAAGCUUUAUUGUUCUGGGAUGGAUUCGUGGAGUGGUGAUCCUCCUCAGUGCAAAGUGGUCAAAUGUCCACACCCAGUCAUCAAAAAUGGACAACAGACAUCAGGAUUUAGAAAGAAAUAUUCCUACAAAGACACAGCUGUGUUUCGAUGUAACAAGGGUUUUGUCCUCCAUGGAAAUGACACGAUCAUCUGUGAGAGUGACAGUACUUGGCAACCUCCAGUUCCAACGUGCAGGAAAAAAGCACCUCUUCUUCCCCCUACUAAGCCACCUUACAGUACAAAUUUUUCCAGUUUUGCUGGCUCAGGAGGCUGCCCUCCCAAAGAAGGACCACUUGACUUCAAAGAUUUCAGUCAAUGGAUAGUUGUUCUGCUUGUUGUGAUGCUGUUGUAG